UUCGCGUGGGGACUCUCAUCGCAGAAAAGAGACGGCGGAGAGAGGAUCUCCCGGCGCGGAGGCUCAAACCGCAGCGGCGGGGGGAACAGCGAUGCCCAUUCGCCGGUAACCGGCGCUUCCGAACCGGACACUCUUAAAAUCACAAGCCGUUCACCUGAGCCACUACCCGGAAGAUCCACGCUGUCUCUGAACGGACUCAUCAUGGGCAAGAGCGGAAUCCUGGUUCUUCUCUGCAUGCUCCUGGGCUCCGGGGAACUCCAGGAGCCGGAGCCGCGGAGGCUUCCACCCCCGCCGGUCAAGUUGGACUUCGGCUACGUGCCCGCGGGGGUGUACGAAACGGUGGCCCACUACGAACCGGGACCCAUCGGCAUUCUCUUCCACUUGGUGCACACUUUCCUCUGCGUGGUGCAACCCAAUGAUUUCCCGCAAGAUCUCCUUAUCAGACUGGCCAAGGACAGGUUCGGAUCCCUUCAGACUGAAUACCAGAAGCCAGAGAACAUAGUGCUGAGCCUGCAGGCGGUCUACUAUGAGGUGGGCUUCCUGGUGUGCGCGGCGGUUGGCGUCCUGUUCACCGUUCUGGUGCCCGUGGUGGGCCUCUUCUUCUGCAUGUGCCGCUGCUGCGACAACUGCGGCGGCGAGAUGCACCAGCGGCAGAGGAAGAAUGCCGACUGUAGACGAGGCUUGCUGGGCACGCUGCUCUUCUCCACCUCGCUGGUGAUCACGAUCGGCGUGUUGUGCGCGUAUGCCGCUAACCAGAACCUGAGCACUCAGGUCAAGAACAUCCGUCGUCUGGUCAACAGCAACAUGAGGGAUAUGCAUACCUUUGCCAACGACACGCCAAGGCAAAUCGAUUACCUUGGCUCCCAGUACACCACCGCCAAGAACCAAGUCUUGUACGACCUGGAGAACAUAGGUCCUCUAUUAGGUGGAAGGAUACGCGACUCGUUGGAUAAGGAGAUUCAACCCGCCUUGGACGGUGUGCUGAAAAUGACAAGAGUGAAAAUCGACAGAGCCGUCAAAGCCAUGCGUGAAACCAAGGAAGCCCUGGAGAACGUGAGCGUCUCCCUGCAAGUGCUGCAGGAGGCCACGGGCAAGCUGGAAUUCAACCUGAGCCUGGUCAGGGCCAACAUCCAGCGCUCCCUCAACGACCCUGGUUGCCACGACGAGGAGUCGGACGCCACCUCAGCCCAGCUUUGCCGGGGAAUCCGCCAGUCACUGGAACAACUGCACGUCAGCGCCAACUUCACCAGGCUUCCCAAUGUGAACGGUCAGCUAGAAAAGAUUAACGACUUGUUGCAAACAGACCUCAGCGCUGUCAUCAACAAGGGUUACGCCUCCUUGAACGACACGCCUUACAUGGUGAUGGUACAGACUAGAAGUGUUGUCGACAGGGUGCAGAGUUUGGUGGAUGACAUCGGCGCGAACGUGGGUGACUUGUCCAAAGCAUUCCCAGUCCAAACCUCUCUGUCCAACUUCACCAUCUUCAUCAGCCACGUCCACGCCAAAAUCGAGGACCAGUACCCUGAAAUUGACAAACUGGACUUCUACAGGUGGACAGGCUGUGUAGCUUUGUGCUGCAUGCUGGUGUUGGUGCUGGCCUUUAACUAUUUGGGCCUUCUGUGCGGCACGCUGGGAUACGACAAGCACGCCUCGCCCACUACGCGAGGGUGCAUCUCCAAUACGGGAGGCACCAUGCUCAUGGCUGGCGUGGGCUUCAGCUUCAUCUUCUCCUGGGUUCUCAUGGGCCUGCUGACUGCGCUCUUUCUGGUCGGAGGGAACAUGGAGAAGCUCAUCUGCGAGCCCUACCACACCAAGGAACUCUUCAAGGUGGUGGACGCGCCGUACCUGGUGAACCCUGAGUGGAGAAACUUCAUCCCCGGGUACCUGUACAACGACUCGGAGCUAGACCUCACCGCAGAGAGCGUGUACAGCACCUGCAAGGAGAACAAAGGCAUCUACUCGGCUCUGCGCCUGGAUAAAGUCUUCAAUGUCUCCAAUUUUCUCAAUGCCACAGUGUUCACCAAGGAUGUGGUAACCCUUUUGAGCAGCUUGAAAAUCGACCUGAGAGGAAUCAUUUUGCUAGAAGCGGAAGGCAAGCAGAGCCUUCUGGAUUUCUCCGAGGUGGGACUGUCGGAAACAAACUACGCAGACUACUUGGAAGAGGUCAACAAAGGCGUCACAGUGGUGGACCUGCUUUCGUUUGCCAAAGAGCUGGAAGCCCAGACGGACCUGAUGCCUCGAAGUUUUUUGCAAACAUCUUUAAAAGGUCACGCGGGCACCGUGCGACAGAUCUACAACCAGCAAGUGGUCCCCAUGCAGCAGGCCAUGAAAUAUGUUAGAGCCAGGAGUGCGCUGAACCAGAGCAUGAGGUUCCUGGAGAGAACUGCCUCAGACCUGCCAAACAAAGUCUUAGAUGUGCUGGACGCCAUCAACGCAGCUCAGCAUCUUAUUUCCCAGAAUGCAUCACAACUUAUUAGCCGGGAAAGUGCAAGAUACACAUCGACCAUUGUAGGCUACUUCCAGCAAUACAUGGAGUGGGUCAAGACCUCGCUGGCUAUUGAUGUGGCACAGUGCAAGCCGUUCAGCAAUGUCCUGGAUACAGUUGAAAUCUUCACCUGUAGCUUCCUGGUGGACUCCAUGAACGUUUUCUGGAUGGGUCUGGGCUGCGCCACGCUCUUCCUCAUCCCGAGCAUCGUGCUCGCCGUCAAGCUGGCCAAGUUCUACCGCAGGAUGGACACGGAGGAUGUUUACGAUGAUAUGGAAAGUGGUAAUAAUGGUUAUCAUAGCCAGCCCCCACAAGGCAUCUUAAACCCCCCCGUGACCAGUAUCCCGACAUACGAUACCAUGAACAGGUUCCCGCGAGCCUCGGCUCCACCGAGGCACAUCGACUGGUGACCACAUUUUCUUGUGGCUCCCCAAGAGCCUCCUGCCAUCCAUUCACAUUCCUCUUUCCCUUCAACUAACACAACUCUUUAUUCAAGCUUCUCUUAGCUUCUUCGAGAGUGGCAUCAUGCUGCCACGAUCUCCACUGGAACUAAAACAAAAGGGGAAAAACAAGUGCACGGAAACUGAAGUCAACUAACUUCAAAAACAGGAUUUUUCUGUCACGACAAGGAACUUUCCGCAGCCCUUUCGUCAGUUUUUCAUCAUUCUCAUCAUUCCUGCAGGACAUCAAUGGGCCGCCGCGUAUCUGUUUACAUUUUUCGGGACGUAAAAAAAAAAGCAAACAUCCGAAGUGGACUGCAAUGUUUUCCUUAUGACAACCAAGUGGCAAAGUAGCCACGCGAAGGUAACGACACGUUGGUAAUAAGACCGAACAUGCCAAAUGUUGUUAUGUUUGCAGCAUGGCAUCAACAAGGUGAAAAAAGGGACUAACUUGAGCAAGCAUGACUUUUUAAUGUUUACAAUAAUACGCAAAGUUACGUCACAAGUGUGGAUAUUUUUCGGGUUCGUUGCGAAAAGACUGGUUGCCUUUGACGUUGGCAUAUACUGCUUUUUAACUACUUAAAAAAGUAGUUAAUGGCAGCCAAUGAGUUAAAAAAUAACAUUUGCUCUCCCUCUGAUCAAGAAGCACCCUCCCACCAAUGGGUCGAUCACAAGUAGACGUCCAAUCCAUUUGAAUUUCAAAUGGAUUGGACAAUGAGUCUGUCCAAUGUUUCUUGAGGGAUUUUUGUUGCUUAGGACAAAGGUGGCUGUUUUAUUCCAACCACAGUCAAAUUUUGCACAUUGGUAACAGUACUUGAGAUCUACACGUGGACCAAAAAAACAUAAUUUCCCUAAACUUUGGUGGUUAUAUUUCCUUGGUAAGCAUUUAAAAGCGCAUCAGUUUAAUUCUAGUUCUUCAGCAGUGUUGCACCGAUACUAGUAUCAGUGUGGGUAACGAUACAGUACUAAAAUGAUGUCCUCGGUAUCGGGGAGUACUAAGAAACUAGAAACCGAAUUUCUGGAGAAAUCACAAUGAGGUUUUGCUGUGAUAGAUAUAAAUCUAUCAGGUCACUUCCUGUUGAUUUGGGGACAUUUUGGGGAGACUUCCUGUGAAUAUCAGGUCACUUCCCGUUGAUUUGGGGACAUUUCGCGGACAAGUCCUGUUGAUAUCAGGUCACUUAAUGUUGAUUUGGGGACAUUUCGGGGACAGGUCCUGCUCAUAUCAGGUCACUUCCUGUUACUUUAGGGACAUUUGCAGGACAUGUCUUGUUGAUAUCCAUUUGGGGGACACGCCUUGUUAAUAUCUGGUCACUUCUUGUUAAUUAGGGGACAUUUCGGGGACACUUCCUGUAGAGAUAUCAGGUCACUUCUUGUUAAUUUGGGGACAUUUGGGUGACAUGUCCUGUUGAUAUCCAUUUGGCGGACACGUCUUGUUGAUAUCAGGUCACUUCCUGUUAAUUUGGGGACAUUUCGGGGACACUUCCUGUCGAUAUCAUGUCACCUCCUUUUGAUUUGGGGACAUUUCGGCAACAGGUCCUGUUCAUAUCAGGUCACUUCCUGUUAAUUUAGGGACAUUUGGGGGACAUGUCUUGUUGAUAUUCAUUUGGGGGACACGUCCUGUUAAUAUCUGGUCACUUUUUGUUAAUUUGGGGACAUUUCGGGGACAGGUCCUGUUCAUAUCAGGUCACUUCCUGUUAAUUUAGGGACUUUUGGGGGACACGUCAUGUUAAUAUCGGGUCACUUUUUGUUAAUUUGGGGACAUUUCGGCGACAGGUAGUGUUCAUAUCAGGUCACUUCCUGUUAAUUUAGGGACAUUUGGGGGACAUGUCUUGUUGAUAUCCAUUUGGGGGACACGUCCUAUUCAUAUCUGGUCACUUUUUGUUAAUUUGGGGACAUUUCAGGGAGACUUCCUUUGGAUAUCAGGUCACUUUUUGUUAAUUUGGGGAAAUUUGGGGGACAUGUCUUGUUGAUAUCCGUUUGGAGGACACAUCCUGUUGAUAUCAGGUCACUUUCUGUUAGUUUGGGGACAUUUGGAGGACACUUCCUGUCAAUAUCAGGUCACCUCCUUUUGAUUUGGAGACAUUUCGGGGACACCUCCUGUUGAUAUCAGGUCACAAAAUGUCAAUGGGCUGUCAUAGUAAAAUGUCAAAAAUCACAAGAACGUAGGUUUUCCUCCCAUUGAAAAUGAAUGGGAAAUUUGGACGUACAUGGCUGUCCAUGGCAUCCCAUUAGAAAUGAAUGGGACAGUUUUCAGCAAAUUUUAGGAGAACCGUACAUUUUUUGCCAAAUUCUGUUUACAAAUUUUAUGCCCCUUACUGUCCUAGAAUUUUUAUGCUAAUUACGCGAUCUGGUCAAAAAUUGCAAAGUUACAUAAAUUUGGAUUCUUUUUUUUUUUUUUUUUUUUUUACCUUUUUCAAAAAAUCCAUGUUUACGGGCGAACAGAAGAUUAUGUGGGUCGUUCAAAAAAUUCCCUGCGUCAGACGAAAAUUCUGGUCAUUUAUACAUUUGAACAGCGACGGUCAGUCAAACAAUUUGGGCUGUUCGGCGCGCCAAAGAAACGCCAUUCAAAAAAUAAUAAUAAUAAUAAGGGAAUUUUACUAUAUGGGCCUUUCCUUUGCAAAGCCCCAUCUAAUAACGUGGCAAGGCUGUGCAAUAAAGUAAGUACUCUUCAAGGUCUAGUUUCAAACUUCUGCUCGCCCUACCCAAGAUGGCCGCAAGCGACACAAGCCACUGUAAUAGUAAUAGUCGCUCUUCCUAAGAUGAUGAUGAUAGUCAUUCAGUCAUGAGUUUAUCACUAGUAGACAUGCAGUCCAUUUGAAGCUGGAGGGUGUUAGCGAAUGAACCUUCAAUUGGAUUGGACGUCUAGCGUCGUCAAUGGCAGACAAUGAGUUAUACAGCAUCUGACCAAGCCACAACAGCAAUUACUUUGUAUUCAAGUCAGUAUGCAGUAAUUUAGUAUUAAAAGAUAUUUUCAACCCCCCCCCCCCCCCCCAAAAAAAAAAAAAAAAACGUGGCAUCGGUAUGGUAUCGGACGAUACCACACAGCUGGGUGUCGGAUUUGGUAUCGAGAGCCAAAAGAAGGUAUCGGUGCAACACUACUGUUUACCUUAAAUUUUGCAACAACAACAACAACAAAAAUUAGAAGCCAAUUGAACCAAAGAGUGACUUUUCAUUUGUAAAAUGAAAUAUUCGAUAUGUUGAAAAAAAAACAAACAUCUUGAGAUUUAAAGGGGGAAAAAAUGGUUUUCUUUAUAAGUUACUAAAUUAACACAACCUCUCCUCAGCUCAGGACCUUUUUUUGAAUGAUAACACAAAUUGAAAACAAUCACAGAAAAACAAUCAGCUCCCACAAAUCAAUCAAAAGCGGAUUAAUAUCCUUGACAGCUCCGUGAUACAUUACGUUCUCAAGUUACAUUGUUCUCAAGCCAAAUUCCUUUUUUUUUUAAACUGUAGAUCUCAGGUUUUUCCUGUUAAUUUCCACUAAUUUGAUUCUAUUUUUUUCUGUAAUAUACCAUAAACUAUGUGAAUACAUUUAUCAAAUAUCAAGCUAGAGCAAGCGAAUGUAUUCCUGUUUUUCUUCUUUUUGUACAUUGAACGCUAUCGCUAACGCGUCCUGUUAACAUAUUGCUUUCGUGUUUAUAAGCUAGUUGCUGUUCAUGUAAAAACAAAAAACACACAGGACAAUCUGUCAAUGAUGCAGCAAGUUAUUUUGGUGUAUCAAAACAAGAAUGGAGGGAGAGAAAAAAAAAACAGAACAAAAAGCUAGUGACUUGCUAGCAUCUGAAACUGCCAGUCUUGGACCAACAAACUAAGCUAGGCUACUUGAAAUUAAAUUUCAAAAAUCAUCUUGAGUUCGCGCCUAUGAUCAAAAAGAUGUCAUUAAACUCAUUAUUAAGAUUUUAAGACUAUUUUUACUCAACAAGCAUCUGUUUAUACUACUGAGGUACCUUGACUUAAAAGUGCCCUAAUUUAGAAGUUUUUCAAGUACAGUUGGAUUCAAUGAAAUGUAUCCCCACAUGUAAAGAGUCUGCAUAGCAACAAGGUGCAAAAGUAGUAUAACUUGUUCUGGGAUAUGACUAUAAAAGGCCUUUGCGCUAGUCUGCUAUUUUUUCUUUUUUAGGAUUUGUUUUUUGCAAUAAAAAAAUAUGUAUAUUCUCUCUGUCUAUGAAGAGUUGUAUGUAAAAGAUUCAGAGAGGUGACAAUGCUUGAUUUUUCUUAAGUGCUUCAACAUGUAAACUGUGAAUAAAGUUUCAUUUGAGCUUGUA